AUGCAGGAAUCCUCGGCGUUCAAAGUCAUCAUUGUUGGUGCCGGCGUCACGGGUCUCACGCUUGCCCAUUGCCUAGCUAAAGCUGGCAUCGACUUUGUCCUCUUGGACAAAGGUGUGGUGGCGCCGAGUUUCGGAACCACCAUCACCCUGCAGCCUCAUGGUUGCCGAAUCUUACACCAAUUAGGUUGUCUGGACGGUGUCCUGGCCAAGUGCGAUACGAUGGGCGGUGCGCAUUGUCGCGAUCCCACCGGCAAGAUCUUUGCCUCCAACGACUUCUUUGGUGUCAUAAGAAAGUUCGCGGGCUACGAUACUAGGACACUCGACCGCCAAGUAUUCCUGCGUCAGCUAUACGAGCUACUGCCCGAUAAGUCUCAAGUCUACGAAAAGGCCCGGGUUGAGCAGAUUGUAAAGGAGAACUCGGUAGCCCGUGUCAUUCUAGCUGAUGGUCGUGAGUUCGUUGGUGAUGUAGUAGUUGGUUCUGAUGGCGUCCAUUCCAAGGUCCGUGAGAUCAUGUGGGACAAAGCCGACGCUCUUUAUCCUGGUAUGAUCACAGUUGAUGAGAAGAGAGCUAUGGUCACUCAAUACAAUGCCAUUGUCAUGGCAAGCUCACCAGUCCCCGGUAUUGGUGUUCACGACAUGGAAAUCACCUCUAAUGACAAGUACUCCUUUCUCCUCCUCUGCCAGCCAGACUGGAUUUCUAUCAUUGUGCACAGCAAGCUUCCCGAAGACCAGCAGUGUACGUGGCCCACGCGCCGACGUUAUACUGAGGCCGAUAUGCAGGCGCUUGUGAGUAAAAUAUCUCAGCGUCCUGUCACAGAUUCAAUCGUAUCUGGGGAACCGCGGAAGCGACGUCUGAAAGCACAAAUGAUAUCGCUUGAAGAGGGGAUUCUGGAGCAUUGGACUUUCGGCCGAAUCAUUCUGGCUAGGGACGCUGUUCACAAGGUCACCCCCAACUCGCCCCUUGGGUGA